UGAACACUUUCUGUCAAAACCAAAAAAUUCGCGGUGUUCAGUGCAUAAGGAGUUGCCUAGCUACAGAAUUUUAGUUGCGACGGGUAGUUCUAAGUAGAUUGCAAGUAGUUCAAAGCGCACAUUCAAAUAAACAUAUAAUGGGUUUCUAAAAAGCGAGUUUCUAAAAUAUAAUAAAAACUAAUCAUGGCCGACGCACUGCUUAAUCGGGCAAUAAAUAAAAAAAUCGACGUCGGUUCCAUAGUAUCAUGGAUUUUGAGGGACAGCAAUCAGCCAGAAAUUGAGAUCUCGGUCGUUAACGUGGGACGGAUGGAUUUCGUCGUGUAUUUUCUGAAUUUUAUCCACGAAGAGAUAUCCUGCAAUGCCAAAUGCGGCGAAGUGCAGUCGUUUAAAACACUAGAGGAUAAUACGGCCCUCGAAACCUCGUCGGUAAGUAACUGCAGCACUCCCAAAAUACCAGCGGUGUCGUUAGAUGCGAGCUUUCCAAGUCCGAUCUCUCCGAUGCAUCAAAACAAUUUCGCUCCGAAAGGUAAAGAUAGGCAUUCUAUAUCCUUAGGAGAUUUCAUCAUGACCUCCAAAAGCUCCACAAAGAAGAAAAAACGGGAGCAGAGUUUAAUUUCAAACAAAAGCACUAGGAGAAUCACUCCGACCGAUGCCAGUCAGAAGAAAAUGUUUAUUGAUCUUGAAAAAAAUGAAAACAGUUUUAAUUUUCAAACGCACGUGAAAGAAGAAGUUGCUCCGAAUGCGGAUGGCCGCAGAAGUAUAUUGGAUGAUCGAGGACUGAAGAUAUUAUCAAGGAAUAAACCCACAAUGUUAUCUAAAAGAAGUAGUGGUGUCAAUCAAACUGAAACUGUGUUAUUAGACGAAGUCACAUAUAAGAGCAAUAUUGAUGUCGUGGUGGUUAUUUAUUCCGCUUUGUUGGAUAACAAGGUCGUCCUUAAUGUUAUUGGCGAAAUAUGUUUUCUAAUAUCUCUGCUCUUGAUUAAAAACUUAAAUCCGGGGAAUAACUCACAGGUUUCUAGUUUAGAUAAUUUGAGCCAAGAAACUAGUUUUUGUAAUUUAGAUAUCUUUGACACUACACAAAAUGUUGUAUAUUUUGCUUCAAAGUGCUUAGAAAGGCAAUUGUCUAUUUUGAAAUGUUUUGACAAAACCACAUUGAAACUGCUCGCGGAAAACCGUAGGUUAAAGAAGAUAUGUCCGAUUUUUUCCCGAAAACUAGUCUCCCUUGCGGAAAAACAAACCGAUACCUUUGUGGAAGUUGUAGAUUGCAAUUUUCAAACGAAUGUCUGCUUCAAUAUCGAUACGGACAACAAGGAGAAUUUUCCCGACCAAACAUCGUUUCACUCUUCUAAAAAGCAACGUGAUCUGUUCUACGACAUAUUUGGCAUUUGGGAGAGGAACCAUGUAGAUCCUGAGUGGAAUUUUUUUCUAAGUCUAGGAGGAAAAAUCAAAAGUUUGUUUGGGCUGUGCUCGGACCCCGCUAACUAUGCCUACAUGGCGCGCUUGUUUAAAAAUCAACUUUUAAAUAGUUGCGCGAAAAAUCAGAACAAAGAGAGGGGGUUGAUGGAGAAGCAGCUGAAUUUCAUACCCAACUUGGGUCAUAUAGAUGCGGACAAACUAAACAGGUUAACCAAUCGGUUGGUGACAAAGGCCGCCUCAAAUUCCAUUAACUCUGUACCCAAUUUCGGGGGGGACCAGGAGUUUUUUGAAAUUUUCAUCCUCACCGCUUCUAAUUACAGUUUUAAUAGGCACUUGGCAGAUUCCAUUAUAGCUGAUAUUAUAGAGCUAAACGAUAGCAAGCUGGCCGUCGAUAGAGUGCUGGAAGUUGACACGGAUACCCGGAAAUUGUAUUUGGCGUCCAUUAAAAACCUGAGGCUUCUCGCGAAAUUCUUGGGGUUUCUUGAAUCCCUGCCAUACAAGUCAGAGUAUUCGGCAUUGCCAAAAGACGUAGUCGAGGAACAAAUUAAACUGAGAUCUCAGGUUUGUCCGCCUCUAGACGUGAAAUCUCUACUAAACGCGUCAAUACGAUCGAAAACCACCAUCUUAACAAUACCGUGGCUGGUGAAGUACUUGGCCAUGCUCGACUACGUCACCCUACGGUUGCCCUACUACGUCUCCGUCAACGAGAUUCUAGUCCAAUUGUACCGGAACGCUAGGGCUCCGCUGCUCGUCUUUUGCCUAGGCUGGCUAUUCGAACUACCCCAUUUUCCUGAUGGUGAAUAUUUUAGCAUUCAUUUCGAAGGUGUGCAAUGCCCGACCGAGCAAUUCUCCGAAGCCGAUUCGUAUUUAGACGACCUGGAGAUAGUUGGUCAGAACGUGUUGUAUUUGUGCUGCCCGUAUUUGGACGAAAUCAAAAAGUUGCUAUGUGCUGACUCUUCGGGGAAUAAGGUGUCGGUGAAGCACAUAACCCCCGUGUCGGAGGUGGAAACCAGUGGUGACGCGGUUAGGAAAAAACUCGAGCAACAAUUGGAAGAAGCGUUUUUUAACGGCCAACCCGCUUCGUUGAGAAAGACUGUGGAGUUUGUGAGCGAGCGGGUUGCCUCUUGCGCUGUGAAAUACAUUUGUUACACUUUGGUGCCCGAAUAUAAGCAGACUGCGUUAGACGAAUUUCGGUCGGAGAUCGAGCAAACCUAUAAACAGGAAGCGAUGGAUAAACAUUCGACGAAGGAGUUUUUGACGUCCAAAUCGAGAUCCCUCGCCAGGGAUCACCUUAACUGUUUAAUAACAUCGUGCGAGGAGAUCGCUUCGCGUAUCUCUCGCGAGAAGAUACCACCUUCGAUGGACGGUCUGUUGGUUCUGGACGUACUUCCGGGUACCAAAAAAUUCUGCGUCGAUGUGGCGUCCAGAAUGUACGCGGAUAGGGUGAGACAGUGGGUUAACAGUCACGUAACUGUGGGGCUCUUCUUGAAAGACUUUGAUGGCGAACUGCAGCGGUUAGGGAAUUGGAGGAGAAACGACAAGUCCAAGCUGGUUUUUCAGCUGCCGCCUGGCGGACGACCGCAGAACCACGACGAAGACGCUAAGAGCGGAUUUUACAUUUUGGACGAUAUUAGGGAAAUGUGCUGCCACGUCAUAGAAGAAGAUAAAACAUUUGCUCCGAAUUGCGUGUCGGACCUUUUGAGAAACACGUUGAGGGGCAUGAAGCAGAGGAAUGACGUCAAUGACAUCGUCUUGUCGAAUAUCCACUCCAAUCUUUUCGAUUUGUUCUUAAUCCUAGCUGCCAAACGAUCGGAAACGGUCGACGAUAGCGUCAUGAAAUUGUUCGUGGAAAUAUGGCAGACGCCGCCGACCUUCGAGAGCACUUUUAAGACGUUGUUUUCUGCUCGAAACGUCCACUUAAUGUCGCGAUCGCCCAGCCCUACUAAAUCGUGGGGUAUUUACGCGACACUCGUUCCCAUGUUGGUUGAGACGAAGUGUUUAUCUGUGGAGGAAUUCGAAUCCCAAUGUACCGGGUUUUACAAACGGAACUGGGAUCAGGUUAGGACGUGUUGGAACAAUUUUCCAAUUUUCUCAAGCGGUGCGCUUCGAGCCAGCUCAUCGGGUCCAAAAUCUCUGCGUUUUUAGACUUCCUAUCCGAUUUUUGCUCAGAUCUGUGACUAUAUUGUCACGUAUGGUUUUUGUUAUGACUUUUUAAUAAGACGAUCGUUUUAUCAAAAAUUAU